AGCGAAAGAGCGCGCGAGAGAGAGAGCGAGAGACACUAAAACAAAAAUAAGUUCCGUAACAAAAAUUAUAAAUAAAAAAUAAGGAAGUAAGCGUUUAGCCGUCGGCCAGCCAAAAACAACAAGGCAGCGCUCCAAAAACUGUCAGCAUUUUCGGGUUACAGUCUCAACAUUAAAUUUGAAUCAAAUCAGAACAGAGUCAGAAUCGUGCAAUUGGAACAGCAGCGGUGUGUGCGGGGGUGUUAAUUAGCGGAAGACGGAAAUUUAUUGAACGCGAAAAACGACAGUCAGACAGACAGACAAUCAAAACUCCCAUUGGACACGAAAGCGAAAUUAAAGUGCCGCUGAAUGGUGUGCACCGAAUAGUGCGAAAAAUGCAAUAAAUCAAUGUGGCAGAAGAGGAAGAGGCAGAGCGACGGAAGCAGUGACCACAACAAAGAGAGGAAGACUUAACGGCACUUUGCUAGAUUCUACUUCGCGUAUCACUAAUUUCCUAGUUUAAUUGCUCGCAAAAUGGACGAGGUCUUCAGCCUGCACAUGGAGAAACUGGAUGUCUACGACGUUCUCUUCUUGGCCGGCAUCCUGUCCGUGAUAAUCCUGAUUUGUAUUUAGGAGUUUAUUUAUUUUACGAUCAACUAGCAAAAGAUGCAGCGACGGACGUGUUGUUGUGAAAUUACACGCCAAACAGCUGUUCCACCGCCGGGCAGUGUUGGCAAGCGCGCCAAGGCCACCCAGCGAACAAUAACACUGCGGUAUUACUAAACUAAAAAUGAAAAUCGAAACAAGUAGGAAUAAUUUGCAAACCGAUCAAUAGCUCUGGAAUAAUAUUGUUAAACACCUGUCAACCACACAGCCCGACAAGUUUUUCGUUUGCUCAUAAUAUUGUAGCAAUACGUUAUUUUUAUUAUUUAUCAACUGUUUAUACAAUUUGUUUGUAAAGACUGAUUUCCUGUAUGUAGCUGUAGUUGCAAUCAGAAAUUAAAUUAAAUGGAAUGUAAUACGUAAUAGUCAAUAAAUGUUCUGAAUAAGCAAAAGUUUAAA